AUGGCUGAGAACGCUGCCUUAGCUGAUGCUAUUCAUUUGUUGGCUGAAAAUAUGAUCCAAAACCGGGGAGACCAAGUCGACCCCCAAGCUGAAAUGUUUAAGAAGCUGGCCCAGGUUAGACCACCAGUUUUUAGGGGAGGUGCUGACCCUACUUUCCUAGAAAACUGGAUUCGAGAGUCUGAUAAGUUGUUUGUGGCACUCAACUAUCCUGAGGGUAUGAAAGUGGACCAGGCCUCUAUGUACCUUAAGGACGAGGCUGAUAUAUGGUGGAGAGACAAUGUUGUGACCGUUAGGGCCAAACCUAACUUUGGGUGGGAAGUGUUUAAGACCUCCUUGAGGGACAAGUUUUACCCCCCAUUCCUGAAGAAACAGAAGGCUCAGGAGUUCAUAAGCCUUGCAAUGGGAGACAUGUCAAUCUCUGAGUACUAUAAUAAGUUUAUGACCCUUUCUAGGUUUGCUCCAGAGGUAGUAUCAACUGAAGAGCUGAAGGCUUAG